UUUUUGUAUUAGAGAAAACAAAAUUCUCCAAGUUACAUAGGAGUAGGUUGCGUUUAAUGUUUAACUAAAAUAAACAAAAGCAAUUAUAGUUUUUCGUAUACGUGGUGCCUUCUCGUUUGUUAGUCUUUACUUGGAUCUUCAACAGACGAAGAUAUAAUCUAACCAUUGGCGCUGUGUAAAGAACCAAACAAUAGGAGAAUACAAAACAAUGUUGCGAUCUUGAUAUAACAAAGUGAUUCAUUACGUUGUUAUUAACAUACUUUAUUAAAUAAAUCGAUAAAGAUGCGGUUCUUAGGGGUGCUUAUGUGGAAGCACUUAAUCGUCCGCAUGAAAAAAUACAUCCAGACACCGAUAGAAGUAUUGUCACCACUGGUUUUAUUCGUCGUUCUGUAUGUAUUUAAAGAUCAAUUAAACCCAGUGAAUAAACAUCAAAGCGUUGAGGGUUUCACGAUUCACGAGACGGAUGUAAUUCCCUUGAAUGAGUUAGAGACACCAAUAAAAAUUUAUUAUUAUCCUGAAACUGAUCUUACAAAGCUUUUAAUGGAAAAAGUAGCUGCUAAAUUGCGCUUGAAGGAACAGGAACAAUUAUAUGGUGCAUUUCGUGGAUACUUCCCAAUAUCAAGUGAUACUGAAAUUGAAAAUUUUUUAAAUACCAUAUCUUUAGAUGAUGCUGUUGUUAUUUUUCCUGAUAGUGUACGGAACUCAUCAAACACUUGGCCAGAAAGUCUUAAAUAUACAAUACGCAUGAAAAAUAACUUCAUGACACGCUACUAUAAGUCUAUGGAUAAUAAUCUAGGAUCACAUAGAAACUUUGCCACAACUUACAAUUCCUUCCUUCGUUUGCAAUGGGCCAUUGAUAGUACUUACCUCCAGCUGUUAACCGGAAAUGAUAUUAACCUGAGAGUCUCCCUCCAAGAGUUACCAUAUGCCCAAGCUGUGGAGAAUAAUGUUGUGGCGCUUCUCGUACUAAUCCUUGUGUUCCUAUGCUGGUUGUCGUUGGAUCUGGUUUUUAUAUUUCUGUGUUCCAGGUUGUUAGAAGAACGGACGUCGGGAGUACAAGAGCUGAUAAAGAUGGUGGGAGUGUCAUCGAACAUGCUAAGCCUGUCCCACUUCUUGAAUGUGCUUCCUACGGGGAUCAUAUUCAGUGUGGUGAAUUCCGCUCUUUUAACAGUAUCCUCGAACCCGCUACUGCCACACACAAGUCCACUCUUGAUAGCCAUCAUGUUUCUUCUCUACUUCAUAUCCAUUAUGUCAAUGGCCUUUGCGUUAAGCUAUUUGGUGAGAAAUCCUCAAUACGUAACCACCGUUGCGGCUGUGGUGUACAUAGCUUUUACGUUUCCAUCCAAGUGGCUUAUGGAAUUGGAUAACCCGUGGUGGGCGAUGCCCUUUGUAAUGCUUGUUCCUCACGCCCCCAUGAUGUCCUUCUGGUAUGAAAUGGCUGCUCUGGAAACGUAUGGACAAGGACUAUCAAUAUCGAAUAUGGCGACUACGCACGCCAAGCACUCUGUAUCAGUACUUGGCUGUUACUUUUUCUUAGUUUUACAAUCGGUUGUAUUUUUCUCGCUCACACGCUAUCUCUCUCUCGUUAUGCCCGGAGAAUAUGGCCAUGCCUUGCCUUGGAAUUUCUUAUGUCAGAAAAGUUACUGGAACAAGAAGCAAAUCGGUCCAGAAGAGGAAAUAGAGGAGUUGGAGGAGAUGAGAGACGAAGAUGCUAUGUUCUUUGAGCAGCCUCCGAGGAAUGCUGAAGUUGGCAUUAAGAUUGUCAACGUUUCUAAGGUGUUCGAUAAGAAACGCGUGGUCAAUAAUGUCUCAAUGGACGUAUUAAAGGGAGAGAUUACAGUGUUGCUAGGUCAUAAUGGCGCAGGGAAAACAACGCUUAUGUCUAUUAUAACUGGCAUGUUAAGCCCAACCGAAGGCAACGUGUACGUAGAAGGACUGGACACGUUCACACAAAGAGAAGAAAUGCGACAACACCUAGGUCUUUGUCCGCAACACAAUCUCUUCUUCCCGGAUCUUACUGUGCUUGAACAUGCCAUUUUCUUUACCAUGCUCAAAGGCGAAGGCUAUACAGAGGCGAAAUCCUCAUCAAUGAAGCUGCUGGACCACCUGGGCUUAUCCACCAAACUGAAUGAUUUGAGCAGUGCUUUAUCUGGAGGAAUGAAAAGACGGCUACAGCUGGCGUGUGCAUUAGCUGGAGAUGCGAAAUUGCUGGUGUUAGAUGAACCUACAUCUGGAUUAGAUGUGGAAUCUAGAAGGCAAUUGUGGGAUUUGCUGUCGUCCCUACGCGGUUCUCGUACGGUUUUGCUGAGUACGCACUUCAUGGAAGAGGCGGACGCGUUGGGAGAUCGCGUGGCCGCACUGCAGGGCGGGAAGCUACGUUGUCACGCUACUCCUAUGUACCUCAAGAGGGCGUUAGGUACCGGCUACCGCCUAUCAUUCACAACUAUCGGACUACCUCGCGAACAAGCCAUCACUGAAGUGAUACAAUCUUACAUCCCCGACGCCACACUCAAAGAAACCUCUCUCAACUCAAUCUCAUACAGUCUCCCAUCUAAGGACAGUACGAAAUUUGCUAAAUUAUUUACGGCUUUGGAGAAUAAGAGGUCACAACUCGGCAUUGAUUCUAUUGGCGUGGGAAAGUCCACGUUGGAGGAAGUUUUUAUAAAAUUGUGCAGUGAUGUUACUACAACUUUUGAUGAUGACGAAGUCGAUGCUGAGAUUCAAGAAGCCGAUUACCCAAAACUAACUGGAAUGAAAUUGUAUUUACGCCAGUUCACUGCGCUCUUCCGCCGUAUAUUGAAGUUCCUUUGGUUCCACAAGAUAUCUUUUGUUCUAACGCAAAUUGUUCUACCCAUAUUCUUUUUAUACGGUGUAACGCAAAUAAGCAACGAUUUAAAAACCGAAGAAGAAAAGAACCCACCAGCGACUAUGAACCUCGACAUGUAUCAGGAUUUGCCGAAUUCGCGGGUUCUUUAUAAAGUGGACAAGUCUUAUAGUUUACGUAGCCUUAGUGACGCCUAUCCGAAGAUCGACUUUGAAGUAGCAGAUGAUGUUGCUGCCAAUGUUUUGCGUAUUAGCAAGCGAGAUCAGUUGGAUUACAACAAGUAUAUCGUUGGUUUGGAACUUAAUGAAACCGACGCUAAGAUUUUGUUUACGACUCGUGUACGUCACGCGGCACCCGUCGCCAUGAACGUUCUAACCAAUUUGCUCGCGAGUCAUCUUUUGCCUUGGGGUGAUGGUGUAACCUUGACCACCAUUAAUUAUCCUCUAGAAUCGCCGCAACUAAGGACUGCGGAGAUUGUCGAACCGAAAGCUAUGGGUAGCGUCUUCUUAUGGAGUGCCUUCGUCGUUUUUAUUAUCUCAGCUACAGUUAUGAAUGCGGUGGGUAUGGCAUGCAAAGAGCGACAAAGCAGUACUCGACACAUACACAUAAUGUCUGGGUGUCCCCCUCUGGUCUUUUGGCUCUCGUCGUUGAUAACGUACACAACUCUAUACACUCUGGUACUGUUGAUACCUACUUUGGUCGCCUGUGUCGCGCUGGAACGGAAUGGAACCCUUAACCAACCUGACUUUCUUGGUACACUGUUCCUGAUAAUGUUCCUGGGUGUGGUUUCGUUCCUGUGUUUUAACUUUUUCGUGAGCUUUUUCUUCUCAGAUCGCGCAGCCGGUGUCAUUCUUGUCGCGUUUCUGUUUAUUUUUGGAGUUAUCACACCAGCGAUACAGUCCGGAGCUGAAUUCUUUGAAGACGCUGUACCGCUUUAUGCAAACGUCAUCCUAACAGUUAUUUCCUAUACGAUGCCGUGUCAUACGUUCGCAAUGGCAGUAAAGCGGACCGGCAACGUCGCACGCGUGAACGCGUAUUGUGAUCUCAAUAAGGACAAAUGCCCGAAUCUAGUAGUUCCAGAUUUAAACUUCGAUGUCAAUAAAUGUUGUGUAUUAAACGAAAAGUCGCUGAACUAUUUCUCCUUUGAAGACACAUCGCCGCUUGUCUUCUUGCUAGUUUUAAUUGCGCAAAUCAUAGUUUAUAUGUCAUUAGUGAUUGCCUGCGAAAAAGGUAUAUUCAUGUGCUGGUUUGAUCGAAUAUUCAACUCGGGAUAUUCUCCAGAAACCAGUACUAAUGUCGACCAAUUGGUUUGCGCUGAAAAGUGCUACGUGAACAAGGCGAUUGAUUUACCACCCCGAGACAUCCGCGAUGCGAUGUUGGUUGACGAUAUACACAAGAAAUAUUUGCGUUUCCCGAAGCCGUGCAAUGCUGUCAAAGGGAUAAGCUUCUCAGUCCAAAAAGGUGAAUGUUUCGGUCUCUUGGGGGUGAACGGUGCGGGAAAAUCAACAACAUUUAAAAUGCUAACCUCAAGCGAAUGUCCUACGAGGGGACGGAUAUUUGGGAACGGAUAUCAUAUGGAAAAAUCAAGGGCUGAGUACUUACGUUCGUUGGGAUACUGUCCGCAAUUCUUCGGCUUGGACGAGUUUUUGACGGGCCGCGAAAACCUCACGCUGUUGCUGACGCUACAAGGCCGCGAUGAAGAACAUAUACAUGAUGAAGUUGCCUCCUGGAUUGAUACCGUAGGGCUAGAGAAAUACGCAGACCAGCCAGUCAGCGGGUACUCCGGUGGGUGCGCGCGCCGUCUAUCCACCGCGGCGUCUUUGUGUGGCAACGCAGCCGUGACUCUGUUGGACGAGCCCACUGCAGGAGUGGACGUUGCCGCGAGAAGACGUGUCUGGGCAGCGUUGAGACGCGCAACUGCGUUGCGACGGGCGCUUAUUAUUACUUCGCAUAGCAUGGACGAGAUGGAAGCUCUCUGCAACCGUAUAGCCAUAAUGUCCGCGGGCGAAAUCCGAGCAUUGGGCGAACCGGCCGUACUCAGGGCGAACCACGCCGCGGGACACGCCCUUACACUGAAACUGUUGCCUACCGCUACUGACGAAACGGAUGGUUCGAAACCUGAUUUAAGGAGACUAAAGGCAGCUCUUCAAGACCGAUUUAACUGUACUCUCAAGGAUGAACAUAAGAGUAUGCUCCAAUACCACAUAAAUGAUGAGAUACCAUACAGCGAGCUGUUCUCAGCUCUGGAAAAACUUAAGGAGCAAAACCCACUGAUAGAGGACUAUUCAGUGACAGAAACAACUCUAGAAGAAGUAUUCCUUUCAUUUGCGCAAGCUGGGCAGCCUCCUGAGCAGGAUCCUGUGCAGGAUUCGGCCGCUUAAAGCACUGAGGUGAUCUUUUUUAGACUUUGCUUUUAUGGCUGAAUAGUAUUUAAUAGUAGGCAAGUUUUUGUGAAAUUUCUGUGAUACAACUCCCACUGUAGGUAGCUCUAUCUGGCUAGUCCAAUAUUACUCUAGUUUAUACAGGAUAUUAUAUUAUAUCAUGAACAGACAGCUAGUAUUAAUACUGAUAAUGGGCUUGAAGUAUGUGUCAAAGGAGAUCACGCUAGUUAAUGUAUCUUUUCACAAAAAAUACUAAGCGCUUAAUAAUUGUGAUGUUUGCAUUUAAGCAUUAGAUAUAAAAUAAAAGCCUUAAACUAUAAACAUCUUUAUUAGAAAAAUCAUUUUCUAAUAUCAAUUAUAAUGUUUUUUAUUGUACUAUUUAUACAGGUUUACUUAGGUCACAUGAAUUUCAAUUCGUAUGAAAUUCAACAAUUAUUUAUAUAAACAUUGUUAACUAUUAAAAGUGCCUAUUUUUACAGGGAUUUAAUCUCGAUGGUAAUUUAAAUCUCGUAUUACGUAUUAUAACGGAUUUUUGUAUAAGGCAACAACUUUCAAAAACAUGAUGUUAAUUUAUAGUACUACAGUCAAAAUCUGUUAUAACGACAUUGAAUGGACUACUCACAUUUGGUACCUAAUACAAUAGAAUUCAGCCGGGACCUUUGAUUUUGGUCAAUAUAACCGGUAUGUUGUUCUAAACGAUAUCGUCGUAAACGGUUUUGACUGUAUUUAUGUUAUACAAAUAGAUUUUAUUGUUUUAUAUUUUGCUAGACUAAAUACAUCUUUCAUCUAGACUAUUUAUAUUAACUUGGUACUAACUUCAAAUCCACUGGAAACUUUCAAAAUGUUCAUGUGGUAUUAGAACUCUCAUUAGGUACUGAAAUUUUCCUUUUUUUUUCAUAUUAAUUUCUGAUUUGACAUUAAUGUCAAUAGCCACCAUGGUUUGAUCAAAUACUUGUCUAAUAUGAUGGAUGUAUGUUUAGUUAUUAAGUAUUGAACCAUCUUGUUAUUCAUUAGCUUUGCACAAAUUUAUUUAUUUUAGAAUAGUAAUAAGCACUCUUAUAAUCACUCAGUAUACCAAUUAUGAGAAAUAUUUUUGUAUUAAUUAUCACUCAUAAAAAAAUAUAAACUAUGAUGUUUUUAGAUAAUAGUUGUACUUUUCAAAAUUAGUUUCAAUUAACUGUUAUCUCAUGUAUUACUUAACUUUUUGAUGUAUUCUUUUAUACUAAUGUGUACUUACUACUUCUAUGUUAAAUUGGUAUGUUUAUAAUAUGAUAAUCAAGCAGUCAGAUAAUUUUAUGAAUGCAUACUCUACAAUCUCAUGGUGUUUCUUGCAAACAACAAUGUUUGAGUGAGUUCUAUUGUGUUACAUAUUAAUAUUUACCUAUGUAUGAAUAAGACUGUGUAUUCUGGUAAUAAAUGUUUUUGCUUCUUA